AUGCUUGAGCGAUACAUACGUGUUAGGUUGUUGUGUGUUUGUGAAUUGUAUAUGAUUCCUGGAAUAUUUCGUUGUGUGACGACGUUUUCGUCGCGUUUUAUCUUCGGUCUUGCGAAUCUGUGUCUUCCGGGAGCAAGUAAUUCAAAAGCGAAUAUCGGAUACGAAAUGGCUGCUGAACCGGUGAUCGUUCCAGCCAAAGGCAAACACACUGCUACAAUAAUCUUCCUGCAUGGACUUGGUGAUACGGGUCAUGGAUGGUCGAGUGUUUUUGCUGAGGAAAUACCAAUUGAGCACGUCAAGUCCAUAUGUCCUACAGCACCAAUGAUUCCGGUCACACUGAACAUGGGUAUGCGGAUGCCAUCAUGGUUCGAUCUUUAUGGUCUUACUCCUGAUACGCAGGAAGAUGAGGAUGGUAUCAAUCAAUCAACAAAACUUAUCCAUUCUAUGAUCGAUGAGGAAAUACGAUCAGGUACACCUUCCGACCGAAUUAUUGUAGGUGGAUUUUCAAUGGGCGGUGCAUUAGCACUGUAUGCAGGUCUCACUUAUGAUAAGCCACUUGCUGGAAUACUUGGUCUCAGCUCAUUUCUUGUACAGCGCACAAAGAUACCUGGCGUGAGCAUUUACGUUGCUCUAUUAUCCCGUAAUUCAGUGAAGUGUUCAUCUCCAUGGAAACAAGAGAAAUCAGAAGAAGUAAACCUAGCGGUGAUAGUAUAUGGUUGUAAUAAAGUUUCAAAUUUCAAGAAUCACACAGCGAACAAAGCAACUUGCAUCUUUAUGGGACAUGGUGGAUCUGAUUUUAUGGUACCGUUAGCGUUUGGUGAGAUGACUGCCGCUCACUUGAAGAAAUUCAAUCCAAACGUAGUCUUCAAAACAUAUUCAUCGAUGGCGCACGGAAGUUGUGCAGAGGUAUUAAAGAUUCAUUGA